GCUAGAAACACUACCUAGUAAUGUCACUUUAAAUUGUCAAAGCGUAGAGUUAUUGAUUUUUCUCCAAAAUUCUAGAAUUUAACAAGUGUUAAGUGAUUCACAAUUUCAUGUGACCGUAUUUUAACCAGCAAUAACUAUUCAAUUAUUAUUGAUCGUAGAGCGAAUUUGUAUAUCAUUCAUAUUGUUGUUUUUGUGUUUGUCCGUCAAUAACACAGAUAUUGUUAUUUCAAAAUGGAAUCCAGUGAUCGGGCGGACCAUGUUGCUGGAGCUCUGACCUACACGGACAGCAAUGGACAACCUAUUCGUCAGCCUCGUCAGCCAACGAAUUUACAGACAUUGCUUCGCUUCGCCAUGGAGGCCACAAAGGCUGAGGAUGCACCGGGUGGGUCAGAAACGACCCCUAUGGAUGAAGAGAGGCGCAGGUUCUUGGAAGAAGCUCUGAAGAGCCUCACGGUGGACAUUCCCAAGGUGCUUCAGAGAGGGAUCAAAAUCUUGACCAACACAGAGCUGAUUAACAGUGUUCAGCUUGGCCAGCAGGUACCAGAUGACAUUCGAGCAGCUUUCAACAAUAUGAUGGAGUUUGUUGACGACAUUGAUGUUGCUAACGAUUUUCAAAAGCUGGGUGGUUUUGCGGUGUUCCCAAUUUGUUAUGGAAGUGAGAACGAAGGCAUCCGUACUCGUGCCAGUGAGUUGUUGGCUGAAGUCUGCCAGAACAACCCGCAGUGUCAGGCGCGCGUGCUCGAAUAUGGCCUACUGAAUGUGCUCCUGCACUUAGCUAAUAGCGAGAAGGGUUUUGCGUUGGCCAAGUGCAUUUUGGCUAUUUCAAGCGCGACUCGUGAAUUCGACCCCGGUUGUCGCGAGUUGAUCGCUCAAGGCGGUUGCGAUACGCUUACUAACGCCCUGGGCCACCCACAUAUCGCUGCCAGGACUAAAACCGCCUUCCUCAUACGUUAUCUAUGCACCAAUUAUCCGGCAGCCAAAGAAAAAUUCAUACAACACAACAUCGUGAAAAUAAUAGCGGAACAGAUCAAAGCCGGUCGAGAUGGCUCAUCAGAGCAUUUACUGAGCAUUUUACCAAUUCUACUAGACGGCGAGGAUUCCACAGUCGUACAGCAGUGCAGGGAACCAAGUCUGAACCUCAAGAAAAUUCUAGAAGAUCAUCUAAAACGUCCAGAACUACAAAAUGAUGAUUUCAUUGAGGAAAAGGAAUAUUGUCAGGCCAUUUUGAAGAUAUUUGACAGUUACCCUCAAGUUGAGGUAGUAAAUAAUGAGGUUGAUAGGUAGGAUGGAUGUUAUACUUUCUGGGGAUAAUUUAUUGAUAUAUAUUUAUUAGCCGGAUCACCAAAUUUUUUAAUUUUCCUGAGAAGAAUAUACUUCUACAGAAGGUGAUGUUUAACUUGAUAUCAAUGUCGGAAAAUAGGAUAAAAAAAUUUAUGCUUUCAGCAUUUCUGACAUGAUAAACAUGUCAUGUUUUGAUGGUAUUUAAAAUACAAGUGUUUUAUAUUAAGAAGAAUAAAAUGUACUAAACUCUGGUUCUCUCCAAAUUUAACGUUUUUUUGUGUUGCACUCCUACAAAUAAGAUUUGUUAAAAAAUAUGUCUGAGUCUGCCAUCCCGUCUGAGAAAAUUCCUUUGUAUAUCAGUUUUUUUUUGUCUAGUAUAUUCUGAAUUUUUUUAACUUUUUAAUACCUGCAGUUUUGAAAGUUUUUGGUGAUGUCAACAUCAUUUUACGACUAUACCAUUAAUAAAGUUAAAAAAAAUUAGUUGUUUACUUACUCGUACUGAAAGAAGGAUCUAUCAACGUAAAAUAUAACUAAAUUUUGUCUAUUUAUGUCUAUUAUCUUAACCUUAUUGUUAUCAUAAGGUUUUAUGGCUGUAAACGGUGCCAUUGAAUGGAGCCUAAGCUAAUUUUCGUGCAUCUAUUGAUGUAUUUAUAAUCUCUGUAAUAUUGUAUAACAAUAAAUGACUAUUAAAAUU